AUGAGCGAAGAAUAUGAAGAGGCUCAGGCCGGUGAGGAAGCCAUGGACGGCCCCGGCGCGCCCACGCCACUCUCGGCCCUCGAGGGAGUCGCUGGUCUCACCAAACGUGACAUCCAGCUUGUAGUCGAUGGUGGCUUCAACACUGUGGAGUCGCUGGUCCCAAUGGGCUUCACCACGGCUACCGAGAUGCACCAGCGUCGAAGUGUGCUCAUUUCCAUCACUACAGGAUCGAAGAACUUAGACACGCUUCUUGCCGGUGGUAUCGAGACCGGCUCCGUGACCGAGCUAUUUGGCGAGUUCAGAACGGGAAAGAGUCAGAUUUGCCAUACCCUCGCGGUUACUUGCCAAUUGCCAUUUGACAUGGGUGGCGGCGAGGGAAAAUGCCUGUACAUUGAUACCGAGGGCACGUUCCGACCUGUUCGUAUGUUGGCCGUAGCCAAUCGCUUUGGUUUGUCCGGAGAAGAAGUCCUCGAUAAUGUUGCCUACGCUCGUGCCUACAAUUCGGAUCAUCAGCUCCAGCUCCUCAACCAAGCAUCGGCCAUGAUGUGCGAGACACGAUUCUCUCUCCUCAUCGUCGACAGUGCCACAUCGCUGUACAGAACCGACUUUUGCGGCCGAGGUGAACUCUCGAACCGCCAAACUCAUCUUGCCAAGUUCAUGCGCACGUUGCAGCGCCUGGCUGACGAGUUUGGCAUCGCUGUCGUCAUCACCAAUCAAGUCGUUGCUCAGGUCGACGGUGGACCGAGUGCAAUGUUCAACCCUGAUCCGAAGAAGCCAAUCGGAGGCAACAUUAUCGCUCACGCCAGUACGACACGAAUCAGUCUGAAGAAGGGACGUGGUGAGACCCGCAUUGCGAAGAUUUACGACAGUCCCUGCCUUCCCGAGGCUGACACAUUAUUUGCAAUCAGCGAAGAGGGCAUUACGGACCCUGCUCCCAAGGAUGUGGAGAAGGACUGA